UCCCACAAAGAUGCACCUAAGCUCACUGCUUUUUUUCAAAGUAGUUCCAACACCAAGAGAAAAAGGAUCCAGUGAGUUAAACUAAUGCCCCCAGGCAGCACAGUGCUAGUCUCCAGUCUACUGCUGUGGAGAUUUUAGUCUCCGAUCCGCUGCUAAGGCUGUCACCACACUCCUUAACACGUGUGCCUUCCAUUUGGUGGCACUGCCAUGUUUUAUACAACUGAGAACCUCCGCCUGGGGAAUACCUUUCCCUCUGAAGCCAGCUUCUCAUCAGUACAUCAUGAAUCUUUUCAGUCCAACAUUGCAUCACAAUUUACCUGCACCCAGAGCAUGUAAAUUGAAUUGUGGUCUCAGGAUCCAGAAAGUACCAGGAUUGAGGGCAGGAGUUUCAGACCUUGUGUUUAUUCCUGUUCUGCUUUAGGAUCCUAAACAAACCACUUCUACUUCCUGUACCACCUCUCAGCCCUGUUUUUCUCAAUAUAGAUCAUGAAACUUGAGCCGGGGAGGGAGGCAUGGUUUCUUAUAGCCCCAAGAAGUGGGCAGGGCUUUACCAGUGGGCAGUGGGAGCUGCAGCGUUCCUGUCCUCUCAGCACAGCCAGGGCUGCAUGGGCAUUCUCUGGAAAAUGAAAUGGAAAUGCCCACGCUACCGCAGUCUGCCCUGCUAUUCAGAGUGGGUCUACGUUUGUUACUUCCUAGUUCAGAUGACAAUUAGCUUCCCACACUAGAAAUACAGAUUUCUGCCAACUCCACGUGAACUCACAGCUCACAUGCACCAUGUUACUUAGGUAUUUCCACAUGUGCUUCAGGGGCAGCAGUUUUUCUUCAAGCUCUGCACUAUAUCUGAAACCAGGGUGAUCAGGUUAGUGAGGACAGUCAAGUGCUGACUCAUCUGUGGGCUGUUGAUAAGAUUUUUGGAUUGUGUGUCCUGGUUGCACACACCCAGCCUGGCUCAAGCAAGAGCCACUUUUGGGUGGCUCAGGCUGUUCUUAGGAGCCCCACUCAGCUGCAGCACUGCACGAACACAGCUGUAUUGCCACCAAGGCAAGUUCCAGGCUCUCAGUGCCAUGCUUCAGAGGGCUGUGUGCCCAGGGACAGCCACCAGCAUCAGUGUCCUGUCCCAGUUGGUGUCACAAGCUUCAGCUGUUUUCUGUUGAGAUAUCUCUGCCUUGCCACAGCACUUCUCUUUCUGCGAAGGAACUGGCAGCUGGACACUAUGCGAGACCUGACCUGGCGCUGUAUGUGUUACUGUGGCAUGUCACCAAAGUUAAUCCAUGUUCCCAGGGCAGUGGGCAACGCUGUGCAGAGGAACCUGCGCAGGCUCUGCGGGCUGCUGGUGUGGCGCCAGCACUCAGCUGGAGUGAAUAACCUGUCAUUCUGAUCUGGCUCUGCACCGUAUGCUGCAGGCUGUGUGUAGUAAUGCACAAUUUUUCCCCCUCUUCUGAUGUAUCUCAGCCUUAUUGUCCUGAAUAAUGUGUUUUGGCAUAUCGUGCUGGUAUCAUGAUGUGUUGUGAUGGUAAGACAGGUGCCCAGAACGUGAUACGGCAUUUAUAAUUAUUUAUAGUACUGAGGGCAGCUGCUGAGGUGUCUUCAUCCUCUCUGGGGAGGGAUUACUGGACUACUGCUGGAUCCAGACAGUGUUAUUAGGGCUCCAGGGGAUUUUUAUGAAUGAAACCUUUUGAAAUCUACUCGAUCUGUUAAGGAAAUACGAUCUACUAGAAGUAAAUGCAAACAGAUAUGUAAGAUUCUCUUGGGAUGGUUGUUGUGAUUGUGAGGGAUUUCUUUCAUUUACAUGCUGUGGGAUGCAGAGGGACCGUGGUGGAAUACCUCGGUGCGCUGAGUUGCCAGGAGCUGUAGGUUGGAUAUCAGGAGCAGGCUAAAUAAAGUGUGUUGUUAACUUGUGUUUUGAAGACACACCACCUCCUGUUUUGCUCUGCUUUAUUCCAGUUCUGUGGGAGCGGCAGGAGAAGGGGGCUGGCUGCUUCUGGGGAGGCAGAGAUGCAAUCAGAGUUGUAAUUGAGGCUCAGAGCAGAAAACUUUCAUGUUGUUGGCUGCUGCUCUUGGUGUGUUGUUCCAGCUGGGCCAGGCUUUCUCGAUUGCUUGGCUGUUGACUUUUGCAUAAAACAAAAACUACUUCACAUGCAUUAAAAUAUCAGAUUUUUUGAAAUAAUAGUUCUCCUGUGCAAUGACGUAAAAUCUGUUGAAUAGGAAGGAGUCUUGAUUCUCAUUAAAAAGGGGUCUUCUAGUCCUAUGGAAUUAGGUCAGAUGUUAAAUUAUUAUAGCAAUCAGUAGGUAUUUCUCAUUUCUGGGCUUAAAAAUAAAUUAAAAAGACAUAGUAAAAUUUCAGUACAAAAUCCUGAGAUUAGCCUGUAUUAGUUACAAAUACGGGCCCUGAUGGUGCAGUGAGCCCUUUUUUGCCUGCAUGGUGCUCCUCCCCGAAGCCAACAGUUGUCUUCCUGCCCAGAUCUGGGCUGUCGUCUGUCAGGUGUUUUGCAUGGUGACAGCAGGUUCAGAAGAUGUGUGGUAUCACAGGUACAUACACAGCGCUUGUGACGUGACAGCUCUCCCUCUGCCACUCUGUGGAGUUCUUUCACCUUUAAAGCUGCAAGUUGCUUCACUUUCCUUUGAGUCUUGGAGAGUAGAUUUCAGGGUUUUUUACACAGAGCCUGUUCUGGCACUAGUGGAAUGACACUGUCAUUUUUUUCCAUGGUUAAAUUAACAAGUUCAAGUACAAGUGGCAGAAAAAGAGGUGCAUAUUUUUGCAUUCAGGCUGAAGAAAAAAAUAUUUGCAUAUGUCCUUCCGACAUUUUGUGGCGUGCUGUAUAACCUGCCAUUGGGUUUCUGCAUCUGCAGCAGCUCUACAGCAGUUACCAUAGUCAGGAGCCCCUCUCACCUGCCAUAUCUGGCAUCAAACUGGUAUCCCCACAAAGCACACCAGGCCACAGAGGUUACAGUCAUAGAUUUUUUUUUUUCUUUAAAUACAAUAUCUCUUCUUUCCCUUUCCCUUUUUUUAUUUUUUUUUUUUUUCCUGGGACUGCUGAAUUUUCUCUUCCCAUUACUUGAGACUUCAAAAUAUGGGCAAAUAAAUCCGUGGCUUGGAUGAAUGAAACUCGCAUCCUGCUGAUGAAAACAUAUUUAAGGAAGCAGGAGUAACGAAAACCCCUGGAAACACAGCACUGUAACAAGAAGUAGGGAUCUUUGUCCUUAGGCUGAGAACAGUUAGUCAUCUGUGUUAUCCUGCAGACUCUCACUGUAGUAAAACACGGAGAAGUGAGAAGCUAAGGCAGGAUGAGAGCAAAAAAUGUAGUUACUCAGAGAUCCAGGAGGCUGGAAAUCAGCUUUCUUCUCUAUAAAAAGAAAUGUGAUUUUUCCCUUGCUCAAAUGGGGAGUCAUAAUUAAUGCAGAGUUGUUGAAAGUUUGGGGACUAGCUGAGUGUAAUCACGAUCUUGAGAGUCUCUUCCAGCCAGAAUUAUUCUAUGUUUGCACAAAGAGGGUCAGAGCAGCAAAGGAGUCCUUGAGAAUCACGAGUUCAAACUAAACACUAAACUAAAGCCACUAAAACUCUUUCUAAGUUCAGCUCUUGCCAUCCAGAUUAACAGCAGGUAAAACUUUCCUACACUGUCGCUUAAUGUGUCUCAGUUAUACAACUAGCCGAGGUGUCAGCAUGACCCUCAUCACUGCACAAUCUCAAUUCCUUGUGAUCUUAGCAUUUCCUCAAUGAGGGGAAGUGCUCUUGUUCCCAUUUUACAAAUGGGGAACUCAGUCCCAGUCUGUUAAGGAGGAUUGGGUUACCAAAAAUAAUUUUAAAUAGCUGUCCCUUGCUGACUUUCACUGGAUCAGAAGAUGUGUGUGGUGGUAUCAGUAUUCAUACCCCUUCGUCUUCGAUAUGUGGUCAAAGCUGUCACGUAGUCAAAGCUGAGUCGUGUCUCUGUAGUCAGUGGGGAAGAAACAGGUUUGUGACCUGAAUGGGGAAAUUGUCCUUAGCAGGUCCUGUCUCUGCUGCCUGAAUAGCCCAGAGAACCCCUUAGACUGCCAGACUUGGCGGGCUGCAGUUGGGUAAGGGGAUCCCUAUUACAGCUGACUCUCAAAAGCUGCUAUUGAAAAACUGUGGUACUGCCUUUGCCUAAUGCUUUACCCUGUAUUGCCUUUUAUAUACUCCGGUUUUAAAAGCUCACCAGCAGGAGUAUAACCUGCCUAGUGAGUGAGGAUGCUUGAAAGAGGGGGUGAUAAGGAAGAAGACACUGGAGUUGGCUGGUCAGUAAAUAUGUAUUGGUAUAGGGUCAUGCUGGAACUGUCUCUAAAAUCCUGUGCAGUUUGAUUUCUCUAGAUUUCUGGUUCGUCUCAAAUAGGAGCUCACAGGCUGUGUUAUCUGACAGCUGUUUGGCAAUCGGGCUGCAGCGCAAUCAGUCGUUUCUCCGUGUCAGCGAGAUUGCAUCUUAGUUUAUGCUCCUAGUCUAUCAGAUAACACUUUACAGGUCAUUUCCAGGAUCAAGCCCUUGCCUCUUCGCCACUCUGUGUGAGGACUGAGGGCAGAUAUCCUGAUUGACAAAUGUCAGUGUUGCACAAACAGGGCUGUCACCAAAGAAGCCUUUGCUAAAGCCACUUGAGACAGAGUCAACCUAGUAAAUAGUUUUGGGAACGGCUUUGGCUUGUUCCAGAAGGUGGAGUCUCCUUAAGAAACUGGGGCAUCUGCAUAGCAGGUUUUUGGUAGCUCAGUGCCAUGGACAGAUACCAUAAUCGUGUGCUGUACACUCCUGUGCUGUGUGGCACAAUCUGGCCUCUGAGUUGGAGGCAGGCACGGCCUCCCCGUGCUUUUCCAUGGGCAUGACCUGAUGCUUUAGCUCAGUCACGAAACAUUCCCAUUCUGCAACCCAGAAGUUGAACCAGACACACGUGUCCACCACCCCAGGGCUCAGGCCUCGCCAACCACUGCUGCUUCCAUAUGGCAUCAGAGGGUGUCCCUGUGAAGUAUUUUGAGAACUUGGAGGAACUGAUAGAGUUUUACAAGAAGGAGAACAUGGGUCUGGUGUGGCACCUCAAAUACCCAGUGCCGCGGGAAGCAGAGGAGGCUGCAGAUGAACUGGAGGAGGAUGCUGACCUGGUACCAACGCCUCCCAUCCUGCCGCCACGCAACGUCCUCGUGGCAUUGCCGAGCAGCGAGACAAAGGAGGUACCGUCUCUCCCUGAAAACUCCAGGGUGGCAGAUGUUAAUAAACUGUCCCUCUCUGAGACGCUACUCCAGCGACUGCAGUACCAGGACACAAGCAGUGUCUCUGACGAACAUCUUAAACUCAUCCAGGAUUACCUGCGGGUUCACAUCAUUAGUGACUUGGAGAUGGUGCAGACUGGCUCAAGCAAUCUUCCUCAGCUGAAGAAACUGCUUACGCUUCUUUGCAAAGGACUCUUCAGUGAAGCCUCCCGGACUCUCCCAUCCCUGGAAUCCAUCCAGAAAGUUUUUGAGCAGCAGCUGCACCCCGGUAUCCACCAGCGCUCACAGAUGCUUGGUGAAGCUAGUCCAGUCAAUAUUGUAUCGAAACUCAACCAGCUGAUUUCUUUGCUGUCUUCCAUUGAAGAAAAGGUGAAAACACUGUUGAUUGAAGGUCCUGAUUCAACACACCGAUGCUCCCUUAUCCCCCCUGUCACUUUUGAGGUGAAAGCUGACUCCCUAGGAAUUUUCUCAAAAAUACAUCUCAAGGUUGAUGUGGAAAUGGGAAAACUGAUUAUCAAGAGAGCUAAGGAUGGUCCAGAAGACAAGUUUUAUACCCACAAGAAAAUCUUGCAGCUUAUCAAGUCCCAGAAGUUCCCCAACAAAUUGGUGAUUGUGCUGGAAACAGAAAAAGAAAAAACACAGCGGAAGGAGUAUGUUUUUUCUGAUUCCAAGAAGAGAGAAGGCUUUUGCCAACUUCUGCAGCAGAUGAAGAAUAAACACUCAGAGCAACCAGAGCCUGAUAUGAUCACCAUCUUCAUUGGGACCUGGAAUAUGGGUGCUGCACCACCCCCAAAGAAGAUCACCUCCUGGUUUCUCUCCAAGGGGCAGGGGAAGACCCGUGAUGACACUGCUGACUACAUUCCUCAUGACAUCUAUGUGAUUGGCACCCAGGAGGAUCCCCAAGGGGAGAAGGAGUGGCUGGAGACCCUGAGGCAAUCCCUGCAGGAAAUUACCAGCAUCAGCUUCAAAGUGAUAGCAAUCCAUACACUCUGGAACAUCAGGAUUGUGGUACUAGCCAAACCAGAACACGAGAACCGGAUUAGCCACAUCUGCACAGACAACGUGAAGACAGGCAUUGCAAACACACUGGGUAAUAAAGGAGCUGUGGGGGUGUCAUUCAUGUUUAAUGGAACCUCCUUUGGGUUUGUUAACAGUCAUUUGACUUCAGGAAGCGAAAAGAAACAUAGACGCAACCAGAACUACACGAACAUCCUGCGCUUCCUGACGCUGGGAGAUAAGAAACUGAGUCCGUUUAACAUCACUCAUCGCUUUACUCAUCUUUUCUGGCUGGGAGACUUGAACUACCGUGUGGAACAGCCCCCAACGGAAGCAGAGAAUAUUAUCCAGAAGAUCAGGCAGCAGCAGUAUCCGGAGCUGCUGGCUUUUGACCAGCUUCUCAUCGAGAGAAAGGACCAAAAGGUGUUUCUGCAGUUUGAGGAAGAAGAGAUUACCUUUGCUCCAACCUACCGUUUUGAAAGAGGUACCCGGGAGAAGUAUGCUUACACCAAGCAGAAAGCUACUGGGAUGAAGUACAAUUUGCCAUCGUGGUGCGAUCGAGUGCUCUGGAAAUCAUACCCCAUGGUGCACGUUGUGUGUCAGUCCUAUGGCUGCACCACCGACAUCACGACGAGUGACCACAGUCCUGUCUUUGCCACCUUCGAAGUGGGAGUCACCUCGCAGUUCGUUUCAAAGAACGACUCCAAAUACACGGAUUCCCAAGGGGAGAUAGAGUUCCUGCACUGCUAUGCUACUCUGAAGACCAAGUCCCAGACCAAGUUCUACAUUGAGUUUCACUCUAGCUGCUUAGAAAGUUUUGUAAAGAGCCAGGAAGGAGAAAAUGAGGAUGGGAAUGAAGGGGAGCUCGUGGUAAAGUUCGUCGAUGCGCUUCCAAAGCUGACUCCAAUCAUUUCAGACCCAGAAUACCUUCUGGAUCAACACAUCCUGAUCAGCAUUAAGUCAUCCGACAGUGAUGAAUCUUAUGGGGAAGGCUGCAUCGCCCUGCGAAUAGAAGCAACAGAAUCCUUAGUUCCUAUCCAUACUGUGCUGACACACCAUGGUGAGAAAACAGGGGUCUUCCAAGGUGAAAUCAAGUUACAAACAUCACAAGGAAAACAGAGAGAGAAACUGUAUGAUUUUGUCAAGGUUGAACGUGAUGAAAUAGCUGGGCAGAAACCAAAGAAUGUCAGCAACUUGGAGCCUGGCAAAGACUGGGAUCAGACUAACAGCAGAAAGUCAAAAUGUACUCAUCUGAUGGCCAGAGAGGCAGCAGCCGUUGCUCGCUAUUGGGGAAGUGCUUCCUCUUCUCCAGAGAACCCGGGAAAGGAGGAUAUGUUACGUUCCACUCCCACAGACAUCAGCAACCCCAACUACCUGGGGAUGGCUGCUUUCUCUCAGCAGCCCUCUGCAACCAGCCAGCUUAAGCAGAUCCCUUCACCAGACCAGCCACCUUCUCUCUGGAGCUACGAGCAGCAGCCCAAGGAGACGACCUCCAUAAUGGGACAGAGUCAGUCAUCCUCCACAUCACCCUCCUUGUCCCCUCUAUCUCCAAAACCGUCCCUCCAGCCUCCAGCAAGCAGAAGCAUUUGUAGUCGGAGUCAAGAAUACCUGCCACCUGAACUGGGGAAAACCACAGCAGAGCCUUUGCUUCAGGAGGAGGGACAGCAAAAGCCAGAGAUGUUUGACAACCCCCUAUAUGGCUCUAUGGGCUCCAAGGCCAAGGUGGCUCCAAAGAAGGAGCAGGACUACACCAAGGCUGUGCGAAAAGAGCAGCUGCCGUUGCCUGAUCAGAGCUUUCAUCUUGCAAAGUCACAGGAGCCCGAGAGCAGCAAGAGCACCAGCAAACAACCAGCACCACCUUUCCUGGUCCCCACGCAGCGAUUUCGGUCCUAUACCUGCUCUGGCCAAUCUGAAGAAAAGAAUACAGGUGAAAAGACUCAAGGCAAAUCCAAGAUGACUGUGUCAUUAGAAAACUCAGCGCCGCUGAAAAAAAUGGUCAAGCCAUCAAGGUCUGAAGUCAACCCAAGCCUCCAGGGCCAGCAGAACAAGCCGCCCCUUCCCUCCAAGAGCCGGGCAGUGCUGGACAUGCAGAACUCCAAGGGCCGAGACUAUCGGGACAGCUCAGAGCUGCCGCACUCCGAGAAGCACCGGACGGAAGAGGGACCGAUCAGCAGGACGACGACACCGUGAAAACGCCACAGCAGAUGGCACCUGAGGAGGAAUCCUGAUGGAAAGAAGGAUGGAGAUCACAACUUUGUCACACUGAUGUCCUCUGGUCUGGUUCUAAAAAGACGGGGGAUUUUUAUUUCUGAGGUUGUAUCCCUCUCUAUGAUUAUAAAAGUGUUCUAGACUGAGAAGUUUAUCCUGUGUGGCUCAUACCAAGAGGAGCCAGGACCGCGAUACCAAAGGCAAGUUAGCCUUUUGUAGUGUCACUUUGGUACUCCUGUUAGGAGGCAGGUGGUUAAGUACAUGCGUUAGUAAAUGUUUUGAAAAAGAGGAAGGUACGGUAUAAGGACCAGGAGAGGGAAGGGGUGCAUUUACGGAACCCUCUUUAUACAAAAGCAAUUUUUUUAUUUUGUGUUACAGGAUUCCUAUUAAAGAGCGGUAUGUAAAAGAAAGCAUUUUGAAAGCGGUACAGCUUGAAAAGCACCUCCUGUCCAUGGAGCAAGGAGGUAGGGGAGGGCAGGAGAAGAGUUUGAAUAGCAGAUAGUGGUGAAUGUCACACACUGUCCACAGAGCCAGCUCUGCCUCUGGUGUGAGCUCCCAGGCUGCAGCCGUGUUACUUGUGCCGAGUGUGAGGGCUGGCCCUUGGCACUGUAGCUCUUUUUUGUUUUCCUAGCAGGAUACGCUUUUGUACCCCUAACAAAUAAAGGGCAAUAUCAGAACUACAUGCAGAGGUGGGAGAUGAGGCAGUGUCCGUGGGCAGCCUAGGAGUUCAGCUGCCAGGAGGGACGGACAGCUGUCAGUCCAGCCUGUCUUAAAGCAAGCACUCUGCCUUGGAAGGACACUGGCCGGCUGGUUGUGUAGCAUUCCUAAUAGAUUAAUGCUGACCUUACUGUACACUUUUGUUCAUUGACUGAGAAUGAAUAAUGUUAACAUACUUGUAAUUUCUGUUAUAUUCAUGUUAAGUAUUAAUGCCAUGGUUACAAUUAGGCUAUGCCUGUUUGUGACUUAAUCAUUGCUAUUGUUUCCAUGUUAAUUACUUAAAAAUAAUAAAAUAGUCACCUUUCUGAUCAUUCUUUACUGAAAA